AUGAAGAGGAGGGAUGGUGUGAGAAAUGGACACACCUGUAGGCCCACAUCUGUCCCCUUUCUUCUAGAAACUCUCCCACGACCUAAUAUCACAGCUCUACCAGGAUCCAUAGUUCCACCUGGGGAUCCUGUGAUGAUCCUGUGCCAAGGGCCCGCAGAGGCUGAAGCAUACGUGAUAUCUAAAGUGAGUAGCCCUGAGCCCUCAGAUGAAGAGAAACAACUGCUACCUAAGAAAAGCAACACUUUGAGUAUCGCAGAGAUGACACCACCUUGGGCAGGGCUGUACCACUGUUCCUAUCACAGUGGAGAGAGAAGGUCCCAGUUCAGCGACUUCCUGCAGCUGGUGAUGACUGGAGCUUAUGAAAAACCCUCCCUCUCAAGCAUGACUGGAACUGUGGUGGCUUCAGGGGAGAAUGUGAAGUUGCGGUGUUUCUCAACGCUCAAGUUUGAUGCAUUUAUUCUUAUGAAAAAAGAAGGAGGUCACCCCAUUCAUAAACGAAGCUCAAACUCCCAGGAUGGUGGACACCAGGCUGUCUUCCUGUUGAAUCAAGUCUCCUCCACACAGGCCGGGACCUACAGAUGCUAUGGUGUCUUCAGCCGUUACCCCUAUGUGUGGUCUCACCCCAGUGACCGAUUGCAGCUUCAGGUCAGAGAAGCUCCUGACGAUCCUCAUCCCACGAAGCCCAGACCUUCACCUGGUGAGUAACUGCUAAUAUUUGUAGAAGGAGCACAGAGGCAGAGAGAAUAGCAGGUGCAAAAGGCAUGAGGUAGAAAGAAGCUUCACGUGUACAUAGAGUGUCAAGGAGACCAUUCCUGUUUGCUGAGUCCAUGGUUUAAUCAGAGGG